AUGUCCGCGAAAGUUGCAAACGCAAACCGCUCCUUUCCUCUCCACCCCUUCCAUUCCAACCCUCUACAGUCCCGCGACGAUGUUGUUGCGGCGGUCGCGUCGCUGCUUGAGCCCCUCCAUGGUGGGGCCUCUCCAAAACAUUCCAUGGUAAAAGUCGGCGCGACGGGAACAAGAUUCGAUGAGACGGCUGCACAGGUAGAGGGCUAUGCGCGACCGCUGUGGGCACUUGCGCCGUUGCUCGCCGGCGGCAGCACGUAUGCUGGCACAGACAAGUUUGUUGCAGGUCUUGUCGCGGGGACAGACCCUGAGAGCGAGGAGUUUUGGGGUUACAUGGAAGACCAGGACCAGCGCAUGGUUGAGGCGUGUCCCAUUGGGUACACGCUUGCCAUUGCGCACAAGGACUUCUGGGACCCGCUCACCGAUGCGCAGAAGAAGAACGUGGAGACGUGGCUCGGUAGUAUGAAUGACAAAGACAUGCCCAACACCAACUGGCUGUGGUUUCGUGUGUUUGCAAAUCUGGGCCUUGCCGCGAACGGCGCGAAGUGGGAUACGGAGAGGAUGGAGAAGGACAUCAAGCAGCUGAAUACGUUUUACCGCGGCGAUGGCUGGAGCAACGACGGACCCGAAGGAUAUCGCCAGAUGGACUACUACUCCGGCAGCUUCGCGAUCCAAUACCUACAACUCCUCUACGCCAAACUAGCCGCAGAUACGGACCCCACGCAGGCAGAAGAAUACAAGUCUCGCGCGCGGCAGUAUGCCCUCGACUUCGUGCAUUACUUUGACCCGGAGGGCCGUGCCAUCACCUUCGGCCGCUCUCUCACCUACCGCUGGGCCAUGGUUGCCUUCUGGGGCUCCGUCGUCUUCGCCGACGUCGAGCUCCCCGCGCCCCUCUCCUGGGGCGUCGUCAAGGGAAUCUGGCUGCGCAACCUCCGCUGGUGGACUACCCAACAAGACAUCUUCCAGCCAAACGGCCUCCUCUCCAUCGGCUACUCCUACCCAAACACCUACCUCGCCGAGAACUACAACUCCCCCGGCUCCCCCUACUGGUGCAUGCUCGCCUUCGCGCCCCUCGCCCAGCCUGUGUCCCACCCCUUCUGGCAGGCAAAAGAAGAACCGCACCCCUUUGGCAACGAUAGAAUCGCCCGCCCCCUGCCGCACCCCCGCCACAUUGUCGUCCGCAGCGGCGGCCACUCGUUCCUCCUCUCCUCGGGCCAGUCUUGCCACUACCCGCUCAAAAACACGCAAGCCAAGUACGGCAAGUUCGCCUACUCCUCCGCCUUCGCCUACUCGGUGUCCACCGGGUCCUACACCCUCGAGCAGUUCGUCCCGGAGUCAUCCCUCGCGCUGUCCGACGACGGCGGCGAGCUCUGGAAGAUGCGCCGCGCGCUGCACGGCGACAGCGAAAUCGAGACGCACGACGGCGGCCCCGUGCUCGUCUCGUCCAUGAAGCCCUGGCCCGACGUCGACGUCCUCACGUACCUGGUCCCGCCCGCGCAGGACACGCCCAACUGGCACAUCCGCGCGCACCGCGUCCGCACCGCCCGCCCGCUGCUCACCGCCGAGGGCGCAUUCGCCGUAUACGGCUCCCGCGCGGCAGACGGCAGGAAUCUCAUCAACCUCGACGGCAGCAUCGCGCUGGACAAGGCGAUCCCGGAGGGCUGCACGGCGGACGGCACGUCCUCGCUCGCGGUUUCGCCGCGCUCGGGGGCCGUCGGGAUCGCGGAGCUGGUCCGGGGAGAGCGCGCGGGUAGCAUUCUACUGGCCGAUGCGAAUAGCAAUCUUGAGCAUGCGCGGACGGUGCUGCCGACGGUGCAGGGCGCGCUAGAGGCUGGGACGACGACGUGGUUCGUCAGCGCGGUGUUUGCGGUGCCGGCGAGCGUGGAGGGGUGGGAGCAGAGUUGGGAGGAGGGGUGGGGGAAGAGACCGGUGGUGCCGACGUGGUUGAGGAGUAAGAUUGAGGGGCGGUGGGAUUAG